AUGGGGGAGUGGGCGUUCCUGGGCUCGCUGCUGGACGCCGUGCAGCUCCAGUCGCCGCUCGUGGGCCGCCUGUGGCUAGUGGUCAUGCUGAUCUUCCGCAUUCUGGUACUGGCCACGGUGGGUGGCGCAGUGUUCGAGGACGAGCAGGAGGAGUUCGUGUGCAACACGCUGCAACCGGGCUGUCGCCAGACCUGCUAUGACCGCGCAUUCCCAGUCUCGCACUACCGCUUCUGGCUCUUCCAUAUCCUGCUGCUCUCGGCUCCCCCAGUCCUGUUUGUCAUUUAUUCUAUGCACCAGGCCAGCAAGGAGCCUGGCCGGGCCGACUCCGGCAGCCAGGGAGCAGAGGCGGGGCCGCCGUGCUCCCGCGGCCGCCCAGAGGGCCCAUGCGCGCCGUGCGCCCUGCGCGCCCGCCGCGCGCGCCGCUGCUACCUGCUCAGCGUGGCACUGCGCCUGCUGGCGGAGCUGGGCUUCCUGGCCGGCCAGACGCUGCUCUAUGGCUUCCGUGUGGCCCCGCACUUCGCGUGCACCGGCCCCCCGUGCCCGCACACCGUGGACUGCUUCGUGAGCCGGCCCACCGAGAAGACAGUCUUCGUGGUCUUUUACUUCGCAGUAGGGUUGCUCUCGGCGCUGCUCAGCGUGGCAGAGCUGGGCCACUUGCUUUGGAAGGGCCACCCGCGCCGCCAGAGCCCCGGGCGCGCGCGCCAAGCGGCCGAGCGCGACAACCGCUGCAACCGCGCGCAUGAGCAGGCACAGAAACUGCUGCCGCCGCCGCCGCCAGCCCUGCUCUCUCGGCGGCCUGGCCCGGACCCCUACGCCCCGCCCGCCUACGCGCACCGGGCGCCAACCAGCGAGAGUGAGGGCGGCAGCAGCCGCAGCAAGGUGUCUCUGGCCACCGUCCGCCAGGACCUGGCCAUCUAG